GAAGGAGAUUACGACAACGAAGAAGAAGAGUCUAACAUGGCGCUGUCCUGCAUAAGACUGUUCAAUCAGGUGUCUGUAAUCCGACUCUGUAGUUCCCGCACUAACAGGACCAAACAUGGAGUUUAUUUUCAAGACGCCUCUCAUCAGUCCAUGUUGUACUUGAGUAGGAACUAUUCUUCCUCUAAAGUUAGACAAGGCAUCGCCCGGCAUGUCAGCUCCAGGCUCCAGUGGGUUAAUGCUAAAUAUGAAGGUUUCCUAAAGAGGCGAUUCCCACGAUUUUAUCUGCUUCAUCACACAUUUGCUCAAGGAUUUAAGCAACUGUUUCAAGAUGCCAAAGAUGUGAGGAGGAUUAAAGCAAAAAUGGUGUACGAGGGGGUAAAGUUCCAGGAUUUGCCCUACAGGGAGAUGGAGAAACUCAGACAAUUUCGCAGAGACUUGAUCAAAGCCAUCCCUCUCAUGGUGAUAUCUAUUCCUCCGUUUGCAAACUACUUUGUCUUCGUCUUGAUGUACUUCUUCCCCCGUCAGCUCCUGAUUCCUCAUUUCUGGAAUCCCAAACAGAAAGCAGAGUUUCAGCGAGUGUAUCAUUCCUUCAGGGUUCAGCACUACAGACCAGUGCUCAAAGAACUCGAGAUUAUGAGCCACCAGCUCAAAAAUGUUCCCCUGAAAGGUCAACUUACGAACCUCUGUGCUAAAGUGCAAAGCGGAGCAAACCCUAAAGUUUCAGAAAUCCUCGCUGUUAAAAACCUGUUUUCUUCAGCUCCUCUGGGUUUAAAGAUGAUGAGCGUGGAUCACAUGCGACGCACGAGUCCCCUGCUCUUUCUGACACCUCGUCUUCCUGCUUUCCUGAUUGGCCGACGACUGAACAGCCAUGCCCUGGAGCUGCUCCAGCUGGAUCGGGCCCUCAGCAGACUGGGCCCUCACCAGCUCACUGACUCUGAACUCAGACAGGCAUGUUACCUUAGGGGGAUCAGUUCUGAUGGUCUUGGUGUUCAUCAGUGUCGUGAGUGGCUGUCUCAGUGGCUUCAGGUGUCUUCGUCGCUGAAAGAGUCAGAAGUGUCACUUCUUCUACACACCGUCGUGUUUCUCUCCGCAAACUACCCGCAUGUUCCGAGUCAUCACUGACAGGAAGCCUGGUGCAAACCGCUCUUGUGAUUAUGGUCACCGCUGAGAACUGCCUCAUGCUUGUCAUCAUCAUCUUGUUGAAGCGAGAAACAAAUUCAUGUCAAGAUACGAUUAAAGAGAAAAACCAGUGGAUGCCGAUGCAUAUCGGAAAUAAAUAUCACAAAAAUCCAUUAAGAGUUGUGGUGAUUUAACUUGGACGAUGACUUCCGAACGUCUUCAUCGGAGAGAUGAGUAGUUUCGGAUUUUGAUCUCUGAGGAGGAAGCUUACUUAAAGAGCAAGUCAACCCCUACCAGAGUCUAACUCCACUCCCACUUCAUGUUUGAAAAAUGCAACAAAUGCUGUUGCCUGGCAGACCGAGAGGGCGGAGCCGCUAACAAAUACACACACACUCAGGCUCACGACAGCAUUGUGACAUCAUAAUCUACCAGUUUACAUCAUAGCAUACUUCUUAGCCAAUAGCGGUGGCAGAUUUAAAUUAAAAUACAGUGCAGAGUUUUUACCUGACAACGGCACAACACUGCCAGUUUUAGGCAGAAUAUUUAAAUUUUAACUAAGAUGCACUGAAGUGCCAAAUUAUUGACGACACGUGUCUGCAGCACGAUUAGACACUCGUUUAUUUAGUUUAUCAGAAAAAAUAAGUUUAUUUGGGGGUGACUUGCUCUUUAAAUGAUGCGUGUGACCAUGUUGGGAGUAAAACGAGAAGUUUACGGGUUUUGUUAAAAACAUUUUAGCCUGUUAUUACAAAGUAGAAAACCGAUGAUUCUGGUUGAGAUAAAUGAACGUGAUGCCGGAGGGGAAUGCUCAGAGUUGAAUCCGUAUGAGUCGUUCAGCGUUCAAAGCUUCUCGUCUAAGAUGUGAAGCAGUUUCUUCAGCCUCACUUCUGACGUUGUUUUAAUUUUUAUUUUUUGUAAACUGUUGGUCACAACAAUAUGGUUCUAAACACAAUAAAAGAGGAAAUGUUUUUGUAAAUAAAAAAGGAACAAAUGCUCUACACCAGAAAACAGUACAUUAAUAAGCACUUUUAUUUGUAAAUUAUAGAAAUUAAUAUUGGGGAAAAGGCAAUGCUGCAGAGACGUUUAAUUAGGUUAGCAUGGUGAGAAACUCGUCUUAUUUAACAUUUAGAAAUGAUCUGAUUUGGGCCACAGCACCAGAAGUGUCUGGCAGCAGCAGUGAUGGCACUUCCUUGCUUUACAAGCGUAGAAUGAUUUUAUUUUAAACUUCCAGCCUCGUCUACACAAACGAAGCCACACAAGCCCUGUCCUGUCGCACCUUUUGCUGUGUACUCAUUCUCUUCCUGUGCCAUUUGCUAGUUUCGGUUCUGCUGAAGAUAUUAGUUGCUGAGGUGAUGUUCUGUUUGAAUAUUUUCUGACUAAGAACUUGAAUGUUGCCUUCUUGUGCCAAUUAGAAAAUGUUACAGAAUUAUAUCUGCAAUAAAUGUCUUCAUACUGCUUC